GAAAGGUUCUCUGCGCUACACGGAAGCCUCCUCGCACGUUUCCACGUUUGUUUUGAUUUUCGUUCGAGUUUCGUGCAGUCGGGCAGACCCCGAUAAACCCAUAAAAUUCAACGAAAUUUUCGCGGAAACGCACAAGAGCAGAGAUGGAGCCCAAAAAAACCUCUCCCAAGAAGGAAACAGCUUUGGAUCGUACGUUCGACCUUUUGUUGGAAAGAUUUACCGUCGCGCAGCCAUCUGACCCAGUUCUGUCGGCCAAGAACAAGACUCCGGAGGCGGAGGAGCCAAAGGGUAAAACGAAGAAGAAAUUUCUGCAGUGCGAAGCGUGUUCGGAGUUUUUUCUUUGCACCGAAGAGGAACACCAGAAGCACAAGCAGGAAAAAAACUGCCAAAAAUGCGGUUCCCUCUUUCGGUGUGCAGAGUUGCUGAAAAUCCACGAGUCGUACCAAAAUUGCAAGCCCGAAGAACGCACCGUUUCAGCUUUUUCAGCCAAGAAGAAGCGCAGCGCCUGUGAAUUUUGCCACAAAGUCUACCGAUCGGAAGCGCAUCACUUUUCAACAAGGCACUCGACUUGCAUUCAGUGCAAGAAGAAGUUUCAGUGCAGGGGCCUCUACGUGGAGCACAAGGCGGAGUGCUGCAAAUUUCUCCAGUGUCAAGGCUGCGGACGAAACAUGAGCUCGAAGAGCAGUCUGAAGGAUCACAGGAAAGAGAGGCCCUGCCGGAAAUGCCCAUAUGUCUCCGAGUGCGUCAAGCAAUUCAGGCAGCAUAGACAUCAAGGAUGCUCGGAAGAAAUUCAAGAUGAAGUGGGAAAAUCCAUCGAAGACGUGGUCCAAGAGGAGGAUAAAACUGUUUCUGGUGAAGAAGAGAUGGAAAUACCUGUGAUUCCUGUGGAGGAAGAGCAAAUAAGUGAAUGCGAAGAAGUGGCUGCAGUGGAAAUAGAAGUGGAAGAAGUUCUUCAGAUUAAGCCUCAAGUUCAAGCCCUUCUGCUAAAAAAGUGCCAGUUUUGCUCCAUGCUCUGCACCACGGAGGACAUCUUUGCCAACCACGUCCAGUCGACCGAGUGUCCUCGCUGCGGAAUCGAGCAGCCAUGCAAUGCCCUCUUGGCCCAGCACAUGAACACCUGCAGCGACGACCGAAGGACGGAAAUUCGGUGCCCCGAGUGCGACAAAAUGGUCAAAUCAAGGCGCAAACUUGAGUCGCACAGGAGACGCCGCCACUGGCUCUCACAAAUGCUGGACGACCGGAUUUUGCAACUGCUGGAACAGCGAAGGGGUGGCCAAGUUCGGGGCCAAGUGUCCGGGGUAGUUGUCAAGAGUGACCCUGCGGAUGUUAUCAUCAUUGAAUAACUUGUAGAAAAAGAGAAAACUUCAUUUUGAAGCUGAAUUGAAAUUUUUUUAUCAGUGAUUCAAUUUAAUUGUAUCUUGAUGAUGUAAAAAGAAAAUUGAUAUAA